AUGAUCAAACAGUUAUUAAGUUUAUUAAUUAUACCAUUUAUAUUGUUUAGAGUUGCUUUAAAUAGAGUUGGUAGAUUAUGGAAAAGAUCAAGCGUAAUUGUUGAUAAAUAUAUUUAUAAAACUUAUUAUCAAGAUAUUGGUAAAGAAAUUACUAAAGUUUUUCCAUGUAAUAAUUAUGAUGAUGGUUCUUUAGCUCCAAUUAUAUUAAGAUUAGCAUGGCAUUGUUGUGCAACUUAUAACAAAUAUACUAAUACAGGCGGUUCAAAUGGUAGUACUAUGAGAUUUUUACCAGAAUUAAUUGUUGAAGGUAAUACAGGAUUAGAAACUGCAAGAUUAGCAUUAGAACCAAUUAAACAAAAAUAUUUAAUUACUUAUUCAGAUUUAUGGACAUUAGCAGGUAAAAUGGCAAUUGAAUCAAUGAAUGGACCAAUUAUAUCGUGGAAAUCUGGUAGAAUAGAUUGUAAAUAUGCAAAAUUUCCAAUCUCGGAUCAUUUACCGUUCGGAGAUAAAGAUUCGGAUCAUAUCAGAAAAACCUUUACAAGAUUAGGAUUUAAUGAUGAAGAAACAGUUUGUUUACUAGGGGCACACUCAGUUGGAAGAUGUCAUAAAUAUAUAAGUGGAUGGGAAGGUAAAUGGACGAAAAAUCCAACUAAAUUAUCGAAUGAAUUUUAUAAAAAUUUAUUAAAUGAACAAUGGCAUGAAAGUAUAGUACCAGAGACGGGUAAAGUACAAUAUUAUAAUGAAGAUAACUCAUUGAUGAUGUUACCGACUGAUAUUGAAUUAAUUAGAGAUAAAAAUUAUUUAAAAUUUGUUAAAAUUUAUUCAUCAGACGAUAAAAAAUUUUAUAAAGAUUUUUCUGGUGCGUUUUCAAAAUUAUUAAGAUUAGGUUUCAAUGAAUAA